UACCAAACAAUCAACUGCACUUCAAUCCCAAUUAGUUGAGAUUGACAAUAUGAAUUCUCAGAAUCCAUUCUGCUCCGUCCAAGUCAAAUGGUCAAUCAGAUGUUGUAUGUUUCUUCAAAUUGUACAUCACUUAUCCAGAAGCAGGUACCUUUUGGCUGUAGCACUUGUACAAAAAACUGAUACACCGCGCAAGAUAUGUAUCCGCUGGACAAGUUUAACAGAUGAUGCACAUACUGCCAUGUUUUGCAGCCUAGCAUCUUAACUUCUUCUUUGAUGUGGCAAUACAUAUAAUGAGUUGUAAUCUUUAGCAAUAAGAAAGCAACCACAUGUACGCCUCAAUGUGAACCCUGAGAUGAGCUUAUAAAUAUAAAACAAGAGGACGCAGCAUUUAGAUAAUGAUCAACCUCACUGCUACAUGCUAUCGCUAUAUAUCUCUAGAAACUUUUCUUACUAAUAUUCACAGAAUAUGGCUGGACUAUCCCCAAUUACAGCAGAUAUAGGCUGCAAACUAGUUCAAGAGAUAGUGAAAGAUGGUGAUGAAAUAUCUGAUAAGUACGUAAGCAAGGAUUUUCAAUAUGGAGCCAUAGAUGAUGAUGUUCCGAUAAUGGACAUACCUGUAGUUGAUAUGAAGGUUUUGACAUCUUCAUCAGCUUGUGGCAGAGAGGAACUUGGAAAACUUCAAUCAGCCCUAAGCUCAUGGGGUUGUUUUCAGUUUCAGGCAAUAAACCAUGGAAUUGAAGAAUCACUCUUAGAUGAAGUGCACAAAGUUUCAAGGCAAUUCUUUGACCUAUCAAUGGAAGAGAAGCAAAAAUAUGCAAGAGCAGCAGAUGAUAUUGAUGGAUAUGGAAAUGACAUGGUUCUAUAUGAAAAUCAAACUCUCGAUUGGAAUGACCGAAUAUAUCUCAAAGUCCAUCCAGAAAAUGACCGAAAGCUCAAGUAUUGGCCCGAAAAUCCCAAGUCAUUUAGGGAAAUUUUAGAAGAAUAUACCAGCAGAUCAAAACUGAUAGCGGAAGAGCUCCUCAAGUACAUGGCAAGGUGUUUGAACUUACCGGAUGAUCGAUUUCUGAAACAAUAUGGAGACAGGCCAGUAAUAUAUGCAAGAUUUAACUUUUACCCUCCAUGUCCGAGGCCAAAACUUGUUCGUGGCCUCAAAUCCCAUGCAGAUGGAACGGCCAUUACCAUUCUCCUACAAGAUAAAGAAGUUGAAGGCCUUCAAGUACUGAAAGACAAUAAAUGGUACCGAGUUCCCAUCAUGCCUUAUGCUCUUCUUGUCAUUGUUGGUGAUCAAGUAGAGAUAAUGAGUAACGGACUUCUUAAGAGCCCCGUGCACAGAGCUGUGACAAACUCAGAGAAAGAAAGGAUCACUGUGGCUAUGUUCUGUAGCCCAGAAUCCGGGAUUGACAUCGAGCCUGUUGAGGAGCUCAUAGAUGAUAAAAGGCCACGAUUAUACAAGACAGCGAAGGAUUAUCUUGCAACUUACUUCCAAUACUACCAGCAAGGAAAGAGACCAAUUGAUGUUGUGAAAAUCUAAAGUAUAUAGCGCCUCGCUCUCAUCUUUUCGCGCUUUACACAGUGCUAGUUGUAUGCUGUAACUCAUGAAUCCUAUGCAAUAACGUGAACAAUACUUUUGUUAUAUGAGAAUAAUCUGAGCAAUACUUGUGAAGACCAGAUGUUUAUCUUCCAA